AUGAAAAUUGGAGGAAUAUAAAUAGCUUCCCUAAUACUCUUCUAGCACACACACACACACUCUCUCUCUCUCUCUCUAUAUAUAUAUAUAUAUAUAUCGCUUAUGCUUCUGAGCAGAAGCAGAGGCACAGAAAAUGGAGUCCCUUCUCAAACAAUAUUUCGGCUACUCUGCGUUCCGGCCGUACCAGAAGGAAGUGAUUGAGAAAAUCAUCAACAAAAGAGACUGCUUGGUGGUCAUGGCCACCGGAAGCGGCAAGUCCUUGUGCUAUCAAAUACCUCCUUUGGCUGUGGGGACGACUGGCAUAGUUGUGAGCCCCCUUAUUUCGUUGAUGCAAGAUCAGGUUAUGUCCUUGAAACAACGGGGCAUCAAAGCUGAGUUUCUGGGAAGCACUCAGACUGAUCAGUCUGUAUAUACCAAAGCCCAGAGUGGUGAAUUCCAUAUCUUGUUCAUGACCCCCGAAAAGGCAUGCAUGGUCUCUAAGAGCUUCUGGUCAAAUUUGCUAAAGGUGGGGAUUUGUCUGUUCGCUGUUGAUGAAGCUCAUUGCAUAUCAGAGUGGGGCCAUAGUUUCAGGGUGGAAUACAAGCAAUUAGACAAGUUACGUGAUGUUCUCCCAGAUGUUCCAUUUGUUGGAUUAACCGCAACUGCUACUGAAAGGGUUCGAAAUGAUAUUAUCAGUUCCCUAAAGAUGAAAGAUCCUUAUGUUGCCAUAGGCUCAUUUGACCGCCAAAAUCUCUUCUAUGGUGUCAAGUCAUUCAAUCGUGGUCAAUCAUCUGUGGAUGAGCUGGUUCAAGAAAUUUCAAAAUUUGUAGCUAGUACCAGUUCGACUAUCGUUUACUGCACUACACGUAACGAUGUUGAGCAGAUAUACAAGUCACUUCGAGAGGCAGGUAUUAAGGCUGCAAUCUAUCAUGGUCAAAUGGGCAACAAAGCUCGUGAGGAGUCCCACAGAUUAUUUAUAACAGAUGAACUACAUGUUAUGGUUGCUACUAUUGCUUUUGGCAUGGGUAUUGACAAGCCAAAUGUAAGGCAAGUGAUACACUAUGGUUGUCCCAAAAGUCUGGAGUCCUACUAUCAGGAAAGUGGGCGUUGUGGUAGAGAUGGGAUGGCAUCUGUCUGCUGGCUUUAUUACACAAGAAGUGACUUUGCUAAAGCCGAUUUCUAUAUUGGGGAAUUACAGACAGAAAAUCAGCGAAAAGCUGUUGUGGAGUCAUUGAUGGCUGCGCAACACUAUUGCUUACUGACAACUUGCAGAAGAAAGUUCUUGCUUAACCACUUUGGAGAGAAUCUUUCAGCUGCUAAAUGUGAAAAUUGUGAUAACUGCAUUAUCUCAAGGAGGGAGCGUGACAUGUCUAGAGAAGCAUUUCUUUUAAUGGCGUGCAUUCAAUCAUGUAAGGGUAGAUGGGGCCUAAAUAUGCCUGUAGACAUUCUUCGUGGUUCUCGAUCAAAAAAAGUUCUUGAUGCUCACUCUGACAAGCUUCCACUUUAUGGACUUGGGAAAGGUUACUCAUCAAAUUGGUGGAAAGCACUCGCUUACACACUGAUUUCCUCUGGUUAUCUGAUGGAGACUGUGGUUGAUAUAUAUAAGACUGUAAGUGUCAGUCCAAAAGGGGUACAAUAUCUUAGUUCAGCCACACCUGAUUAUCAACCACCCCUAGUUCUGCCAGUGACAAAUGAAAUGGUCGCUGAAGAGGGAAAUAUAAGCCAAUCAAGUGAAGCUGGAGAACUUAAAAAAUUGUCUACUUUGGAAAGUGAGGGAUUUUCAGAGGCUGAGGAACAACUGUACCACAUGCUUCUAGAAGAGAGAAUGAAGCUUGCAAGAGGCGUAGGAACUGCUCCAUAUGCUAUAUGUGGUGAUCAGACAAUAAAAAAAAUUGCACUGACUAGACCAUCGACCAAAGCAAGGUUAGCAAACAUCGAUGGUGUCAACCAGUACCUUCUAAUGACACAUGGAAAUCAUGUUCUUCAAACUAUUGAGCAUCUAUCGCGACAGUUAAACCUUUCCUUGGAUGGAGAGGCAAGUAUACAAACUGCUACUACUAGAAAAGUCUAUCCAGUGCCCAGCCAACAUAGAAAGUUAACACCAGCAAAGUUUGAGGCUUGGCAAAUGUGGCAUGAAGAUGGUCUCUCAGUUCAGAAAAUUGCUAACAACCCUGCUAGACCAUCUCCUAUAAAGGAACAGACUGUCGCUGAAUAUCUUCUAGAGGCUGCCCAAGAAGGAUUUGCAAUGGAUUGGACCAGAUUCUGUGCUGAGGUUGGAUUGACACUUGAAAUGUUCUCAGAUAUUAAGGGUGCUAUUUUGAAGGUUGGCUCUACAGAAAAAUUGAAGCCUAUCAAAAACGAAUUAUCAGAAGACAUAAAUUACACACACAUCAAGACAUGCUUAGCCAUGCAAAACUGCGGGAUAACUCCAGAAGUCGUUCUUUCAGGGAGCAAGGCAUCAGGAUUGCCAAAGAGUUCCCUUAAUGCAUGCUGCAAGGGAACGCCUUGUGAAGUUAAGACCACAAUUCAGAAUUUGGUUCCUUGCUUGGAGGAAAAUGAAGAAACAGCUUCUCUUCCCUUUAAUGAGUUCCAGGAAGCAGAGCUGCCCCUAAUCCAUGAUACAGACCUGCUUCCGAAGAAACGCCAAAAGGUCAGUGAACCAGAGGAAAGAUGUACCAUGGAAUUGAAUGCAACAGAGGAUUCCAUAUUAGACUGGCUUAAGAAUUAUGAUGAAGGGGUCACUCUAUCAGAUAUUGUCAAGCACUUCAGUGGAUCUGAAGAACAAUUUGUAAGUGAUUUAGUCAAUCAGCUUGAAGGUGAAUUCUUCAUUUAUAAGAAGAAUAAUGUAUAUAAGCUCAUGUAACUUAAAAAGUGCGUCAGAUUACGUGAUGGUUUACAGUAUGUCAUAGAUGAGUAAAUUUGUAUGAAGAAUAUACAAAACGAAGAGAUAUUUUAUUACAUACUUACGUAUUCCGUUUGCCUUAUCGAGUAGAUCAGAAUCACUGUAUUUUAUUCAAUCUUAUUUUUACGCUUUAAUACUGACUA